AUGAGAAACCACUCUGUGAUUACCGAGUUUGUGCUGUUGGGCAUAUCAGACGACCAAGAGCUUCAGGUUAUAAUUUUUUUCUUUUUGUUCAUUGCUUACAUAUUAAGUGUGUGUGGAAACCUAACCAUCAUCACCCUCACUUUGCUUGACUCUCGCUUAAAGACUCCUAUGUAUUUCUUCCUCCGGAAUUUCUCCUUCUUAGAAAUUAUGUUCACCAGUGUUUCUGUCCCUAGAUUUCUGUGGUCAAUAAUUACGAAAGUUAAGACCAUUUCCUACAACAACUGUUUGGCUCAGUUAUUUUUCUUCAUCUCCAUGGGAGUGUCUGAGUUCUUUCUUCUAACCGCUAUGUCCUAUGAUCGCUAUGUCGCCAUCUGCAAGCCGCUGCAUUACACCGUCAUCAUGAGUCAGAAAGUCUGUGCCCUUCUUGUCCUCACCUCGUGGCUGGCAGGAUUUCUAAUCAUUUUCCCAUUAGUCAUACUUAUCCUCAAGUUAGAUUUCUGUGCCUCAAACAUCAUCGAUCACUUCUCCUGUGACUACUUCCCCAUUUUACAACUCUCCUGCUCAGAUACAAGGCUUUCAGAGGCUCUUGGCCUUUAUGUUGCCUCCUUCACUCUGCUCUUCACACUGGCUCUAGUGAUCUUGUCAUACAUCUGCAUCAUCAGGUCAGUAAAUUCUCAAGCAUUUUCCUUACACAAGUUGGAAGCUUAG